AUGACUGCCAAGAAACACGAUGCCCAGUUUACUGGUAUCCAGUUGGUGGGCAUGCUGCGUGGCAUUGCAUCGGGCAUGAAGUACCUGUCUGACAUGGGCUACGUCCACAGAGACCUGGCCGCCCGCAACAUUCUGGUCAACAGCAACCUGGUGUGUAAGGUGUCUGACUUCGGCCUGUCCAGAGUCCUGGAGGACGACCCAGAGGCUGCUUACACCACGCGGGGAGGUAAGAUCCCUAUCAGGUGGACAGCUCCAGAGGCCAUCUCCUACAGGAAGUUCACCUCGGCCAGCGACGCCUGGAGCUACGGCAUCGUGCUCUGGGAAGUGAUGUCAUACGGGGAGCGGCCUUACUGGGAGAUGUCCAAUCAGGACGUUAUCAAAGCAGUAGAUGAGGGCUACAGACUGCCUCCUCCUAUGGACUGUCCUGCUACUCUGUACCAGCUGAUGUUGGACUGCUGGCAGAAGGAGAGGAACAACAGACCCAAGUUCGAACAGAUCGUCAGCAUCCUGGAUAAACUCAUACGCAACCCCGGGAGCCUGAAGAUCACAGCCAACACCUCACCCAGGCCAGCCAACCUGCUCCUGGACAGGAGCAGUUCUGAGGUGGUUCAGUCAUUGGGAACAAUGGGGGAUUGGCUGGACAACGUGAGGACUCUGCCCUGUAAGGAGGCCUUCUCUGGGGUCAGCUACAGCUCCUGUGACACACUGCCCAAGACCUCCGCAGAGGACCUAAAGAAGGUUGGUGUGACUAUCGUCGGCCCCCAGAAGAACAUUGUGAGCAGCAUCAAAGCACUAGAGAGCCACAGUAAGACCGCCCCUGUCCCAGUGUAACUCGACCGAGCCACUAGAGACUGGCUGUCUGGCUGACUGGCUGACUGGCUGCCCUCUGGGCCCCGUUCCAAUCUGAAUGAAGCCCCUCUGGGCCCCGUUCCAAUCUGAAUGAAGCCCCUCUGGGCCCUGUUCCAAUCUGAAUAAAGCCCCUCUGGGCCCCGUUCCAAUAUGAUUUAAAGCGUCUCCCCUUCAGUUCCUCCCUUCACUCCAGUGAGACCUCUGUGAACGUUUCAAUGACGUUCCUUCCACAAGGGAGGCUUCCCCUUGUGAGGGGUAGUGAUGGGGAGAGGAGGGGCUCAUUGGAUUAGAACAGCCCUCUGAUCUCUCUAACAUACAGGAAGGAAGUCCCAAACUAAAGGAGGAAGUAGACGUUAGAAAAGUGGUGCAGCGGAGGGCGACUGCCCUGGAGAUCGACGCUCCUCACCAAUGCUGAGAUGCCUUACUGAGAACAGGAGAGGAGAGAACCUGGCCUUGGACCUUGGGGGCAUGGCGAUAAAGGGCUGGUGCUGGGAUUGGAUAAUGUGGGACAGCAGGGCCCUUUGUGUGACCUAUAGUGGUAAGGGGCUCGUUGAGAACUGAUCCAAUCGUGAUCCUGUGGAUUUGACUGACAACUCUUUAACUCUGGAGAGGGGGACAUUAAAUGCCUUGAGUAGAAUAAUGCAGUCAGCAGCAGCAAUCCACUCACAUCAACCUGGAGCAGACAGAAUCAGACCUGGAGAUUCAUUCAUGAACUCUGAGACGCUGGACUCCCACCACUGAAGACCCCACUCUCUCACAGAGAAGGACUGAUACCACUCUGUGUGUCUGUGUGUCUGUGAGUGUGUGCUCCUGUGUUACUCAAGAGAAAGUCAGCUUGAGUAAGAAGCCAAACCAUUGGAUGGGCACCCAGACUACAAUAAGCCAUGUAUCCCCUAGCUAUAGCCUACAGUCUGAAAACAGUUGAUGUCAAACAGAAAGCAAUAAUCACAACAAUCAGCUAUCAGUUUUAUCAACCAGAACCAAUGAGUCUCACACAGUUUGCUCUGAUGGUUCACAGGACAUCAGACCACAUACAGAACUGUAAUUAACUGCCAAAAGUCUGCUUAUUAUACAGUAGGUGAUGAUACAUCACUCCAAGCUUCCUUAUUCCAACCCCUAGUGUGAAAUCUCAGUAUCUGUAAUUCAUUCAAACUAAAGCAGGAUAGAGAGAAAAGGAGAGAUCGAGAGAGAGGUAGAAGUAGAGAGAGAUGUGGAGGGAGAGAGGAAUAGAGAAGGAAAUACAGACAGAGAGAGAGACAGACAGA